CGCCCGUUUCCCGCCUCCAGGGCCUGGUUCGUUCCUGCCCCAGUACUCCUCUCUGUUCUGCGCCUCUGCUGCUACUGCUGAAGGCGGAGGCUCCAUGUUGUCCCCUCAGCGAGCGGUGGCGGCUGCCUCGAGAGGAGCAGGUGAUGCCAUGGAGAGCAGCAAGCCUGGUCCAGUACAGGUUGUUUUGGUUCACAAAGACCAACAUUCCUUUGAGCUAGAAGAGAAAGCCUUGGCCUCCAUCCUCUUGCAGGACCACAUCCGAGAUCUUGAUGUGGUGGUGGUAUCGGUGGCUGGUGCCUUCAGAAAGGGCAAGUCCUUCAUUCUGGAUUUUAUGCUACGAUACUUAUAUUCUCAGUGUUACCUGUACUUUUCGAUUUCUCCUUUACGUUUUCCCCCUUCUCACUUUAACCUAUUUUGUUUGUAUUUUGCUUUUUUUAAGGUUGCAGUUGUUCUGAUGGAUACCCAGGGAGCAUUUGACAGCCAGUCAACUGUGAAAGACUGUGCUACCAUCUUUGCUCUAAGCACCAUGACUAGUUCUGUUCAGAUUUAUAAUUUGUCCCAGAACAUUCAGGAAGAUGAUCUUCAACAGCUGCAGCUCUUCACAGAAUAUGGUCGUCUGGCAAUGGAUGAAAUUUUCCAAAAACCCUUCCAGACACUGAUGUUUUUGGUUCGAGACUGGAGUUUCCCUUACGAAUACAACUAUGGACUACAAGGAGGAAUGGCAUUUUUGGAUAAGCGUUUACAGGUGAAGGAACAUCAACAUGAAGAAAUUCAGAAUGUUCGAAAUCACAUUCACUCAUGUUUCUCUGAUGUCACCUGCUUUCUCUUACCACAUCCAGGACUCCAGGUGGCCACAAGCCCUGACUUUGAUGGGAAAUUGAAAGAUAUUGCUGGUGAAUUCAAAGAGCAGUUACAGGAUUUGAUACCAUACGUAUUAAACCCCUCUAAGUUAAUGGAAAAGGAGAUCAAUGGCUCAAAAGUCACCUGUCGGGGACUAUUGGAGUAUUUUAAGGCAUAUAUUAAAAUUUACCAAGGAGAAGAUCUGCCUCACCCCAAGUCCAUGCUUCAGGCCACUGCUGAAGCCAACAAUUUAGCAGCUGCAGCUUCUGCCAAGGACAUUUAUUAUAACAACAUGGAGGAGGUUUGUGGGGGAGAGAAACCUUAUUUGUCUCCAGACAUUCUAGAGGAGAAGCACUGUGAAUUCAAACAACUUGCUCUGGACCAUUUUAAGAAGACUAAGAAGAUGGGUGGGAAAGAUUUCAGUUUUCGUUACCAGCAGGAGCUGGAGGAGGAAAUCAAGGAACUGUAUGAGAACUUCUGCAAGCACAAUGGUAGCAAGAACGUCUUCAGCACCUUCCGAACCCCUGCUGUGCUGUUCACGGGCAUUGUGGCUUUGUAUAUAGCCUCAGGCCUCACUGGCUUUGUUGGUCUGGAGGUUGUGGCUCAGCUGUUCAACUGUAUGGUUGGACUGCUGUUAAUAGCGCUCCUCACCUGGGGAUACAUCAGAUAUUCUGGUCAGUAUCGUGAGCUGGGUGGUGCUAUUGAUUCUGGUGCAGCAUAUGUACUGGAGCAGGCUUCUUCUCAUAUUGGCAAUUCCACUCAGGCUGCUGUGAGGGAUUCAGUUGCUGAGAGACAACCUGUGGAUAAAAAAGCUCAAUAGAUGUUAAUAUCAGGAUCCGACAAGAACUCGACCAGCCCCUACCGAUUUCUGGGUUUUCGCCACGGCCACAGGUCCAUGUCCGGAGGAAUGGCAGAUUCCAGGAAGAGCCGAAACGUGGCACUGUAAUAAACGAAGUGACCUCUCCUGUGGUUUCACAUUCUUAAACACGCUUCCGUUUCUGUCGGAA